AUGCUGUCAUUCGAUGCCAAGAGCAAGGAUAUUGUCGUCAACACCCUGCCGCUUGAUGCGGAUGUGGCGCUUGCGACAGUGUUGCCCGAUAAGUUCAAGGAGACACAGCGGUUUACCCCGAACUUGGCGCAAUCGUCCUUUCGAUCGCGGAUUUACAGCAGAAGAACGUCGAGCAUUGGGUCAGGCUUCCACGGGUCAGUUGGUCGCAUGCUUCGUGGCGACAGCAAUGUGAUUGAACCCAUUCGCAUGCUGCACAACUGCAUCCGUUACUUCGCGAGCCAUCCGGAGGUGUAUGGAGGUAACAUCCGCGCUCUGUUGGACCGUGAACUGCUGUACGUCAUGCGUGUGAAGGCUUCAGAGACGGCUCUGAUGACGCCUGGCACGGUUCCUGUUGGUGACACCCCACUUCCCCCAAUCUCGAAUGCAAAGCGGCNAAUCAGCAAACUGCAGCAUCCUGCUCUCGACAAGUGUGGCGGCUGGAUGGUCACGCCGCGUUCGAUUGAUGCUGCGCUCUCCACAGGAACCGUUGUGGGUGGCGAAGGGAUGUUUGGCUUCGGUGGUGUAAACUUUGUGGAGGCUACACCCGGCUUCUUGUCCCUACUUGACAAGGCUAGUCGGUGCCUUGAUCUAAAUGAGGACCGUGUGUUGUCAGAAGAGGGUGAUGAAGGGGAAGAAGAAUCUCUCCGUGUCUUAAAUGGAGCCGGAUCGACUAGUGCGGAAAGGGGAGUAUUAGUCGAAGACGGAUCUCGUGCACGUGAGAGCACCAAGGUACAUUUUCUCGCUGGGGAUGAGCGCCAGGUGUCCAACCCGCUCAGUCCCAUCGAUAGUGGUCCGAAGCUCCUCGUUGAUGGUGCAAGCUACGAAGUUUCUUUUCUGAGAAAUCAACUACAGCAAGUGGAAGCAGCGUACAAUGCAAAAUGUAUUCGACUUCAUGAACUCCACCAAGAGAACAGUCGUCACAUGUCGGAAUUAAACACUGUAGAGAAAAAGUUGCAACAACAAACAACCAAAAACAAUGAGAUGCGGCAGCAGAUAGAUGCUUUGAGGCGUGAGUUGGAUGCGUGGAAGCAGCGCGCGAGUGAAAUCAACCUUAAUGGCCACAGCAGUAGCUCACACGGCUCCGCAGACGUCUCUCGCCGCGCACAAGCCAUGCAGUUCGGUGAAGCAAGGCGGGAGUUAGCGCAUAUGUCGCGUCUCUGGCGAGAAACGGAGAAAUCACUCCAAGAAACCAAACGCGCCUUGGAAGGAUCUGAGAAGGAGACACAACUCUCGCAUCAAUACCUCGAGGAUGCAUUUAACCUAAUUGAGCGGCUUGAACGGCGUAUCGAACGGCGUAACAGCUUUAUUGAGACACAGAAGCGGUGCCAUGUCUCGUUGGAAGAAAAAUACGAGAAACUUAUGUGGUGUCUGCAGGAACUUCAAACAAUGAAGGGUGUGCACUCAUAUGUCGACUAUCUCCUCUCGGAGGACCCUGUGUGGUCUCUGUUCCUAUUUGUCCGUCUGCAGCGGCACCUCAUAGGAUUUGCGCAGCUUGAGGAACCUCUGCCGCUGCCGAGCGAUGCGGGGCCACUUUACUUUCGUCGAACACCUUGCGGAGGAAAGCUGAUGGAUUCAUUUAGCCCAGCACUCGUGCUUCGACUAAUGGCAGAGCAUGUUGCUGGAAGGCUGCCGAAUGUAGUCACGGUGCGUCGUGCUGCGUUGGGCAUCUGCGUGCCACGUUGGCGAGGUUUGCAUGCCGUUGACUACAUCGGCAGUGAUGGCAUGGUCUCAGAGAGCGGAGAAGGAUCUCGGCGAAACAUGCCUAUUCUCACGCUGGCAUCUGUGCUUCUACCACAGCAAAAUGCUCCAGUUGUUGGUGAUGUACAGGUUGAAGAAGAGGUGCCUAACACUGCACAGUACGACCAGGCGACCAUGCGGCUAUUGAUGUACUGUUUCUGGGGUGAGCGUUUGAUGCAGUACAAACGGGAAAUGUCGCGGCGUGUGGAAGCAUUAAGGAAGGUUCCUCUUCGAACGGAAUCGAACAUAUCUGGUGAGACGACAGAGGGGGAAGGGAACUCUGUUGAUAUAUUCGCUCAUCCACCAACCUUCCUUGCGGCGUUAGUGGGGUUCGCGCAACGUCUCUUUCCAUUGAGCACAAAUGAAGAGGGAGCAGCAGCAGCUCAAGAUGGGAAGGGCAUGCGCAAGAUGCUGUCGGUUCGGGGUGUAGUGUGGAGGAAUGAAAAGUUGUGGACUAAUGGGCGCUUGUUCUUCUCCUCUAUCGUCAGUGUCACAGAAGAUGGCACCGAGAUCCCAGUUACGCUCUCGUCACAAGCACGCGAAUUGCUCUAUGCACUGUACUACUACGCUGAGGAAUACAAGGAAGUGGAUGCCGACUUUCGGCUGUUCCAUCUAAUUGCUCACCAGCAGAUACCGGAGGUUGUGGCCAUUAACUUUUAUGCUAGCUUAGAGGCAUUACACAAGAGCUGCGAUGAUGCACUCUGUCGCCAUCUCGGUCCGAAGAAUUCAGCCGAAAAGGAUGUUUCUGCAGUAAGCCGAGGUGAGUCGCCGUCACCAUCGAUGUUCGCUGGGGUACCGCAAAACAUAGUCGCCAGUGAUACACCACUCAACGCACUGAGGAAGGCGGUGGAGUUAAUUGAUACGGCACCGUUGGCUGAAGAGAGCACCUGCAUUGAGUCAGACAGCGACGGUGAAGGGUUUGGUCUCAUUCUGCCAGGGAAGGGCAGAGCUGACAGCACACAGACGGCCCCCCGUAAUGAAAAAAAAAAUAAAACAAACUCCGAUGCAAACAAGCUGAAACACGACAUACGCGAGUAUCUUUACCCUACAGAAGAAAACACCACAGUGGCGAUUGAUGAUGGAUUACCAGCAAAGAAUGUGGAAUCCACUAACAACGACGAAAAGAAAGAGAUGCCUGCAGCGUGGGUUGCACUUGAUGAAAGGCUCAGAGCUCAACUGGGGCCGCACGCCUCACUGCUAGGGGCAUUCCAGGAUUCAAGAAAUGGGAAUAUGUCCAAGGCUCAAAGUCAUAAACGACGACAGUUUUCUGAGAAUUCAGCAUCGCUUUCGGCUGCACGUGGUCUCCUCCCUGUUGAUGAGUUCAUCGCGUUGAUUCACAAGCACUGCUUUGCUACAUAUGCCGUUUCUUGCUGCGGUGGGGCACGUUUCUCACUCUUUGAUACUUUGGCGCAAAACACCCGCGGUGGUGGUGUUGCUUCUACGAUCACUAGUCCUACUACUCAUACUGCUGCUGGUUCUGUUGCUCCUCAUAAUGGUGAAGGUGUCGGCGAACUGCAUCCGCUGGCGCCCAUUGGUCAGAUCCCUCUCACGGAGAUGUAUGUGCGUCGUCUCCGCUUUGCCGUUGCUAUGGACCAACCUUCGACGUUGGUGCGGUAUGCUGAUCUCUUUGCCGUGGACCCGCGGUGCGGAACACCUUCACACUUUCACGAUGAGUACCUUCGACUGACCUUGGACAUAUAUCUUGAACAGCAAGAAGCUUGGAUGAAUGUUAUUUUGGGCUCUGUCGCAUCCCAGCAUGAACAUGAUGAAAGUGGAGUUGUGGAGGAGCCUGAUGGUAAUGUCCCCUUCCCGGUUCUCCGAACGGGUAUAGCAACUCAAUUCCGGGAGCUUUUGUUGGGCGCCGAACAAAGCAACAUCUUUGCCAAACAUUUCCUCAAUUACUGUGAUCUCCUUCGACAUGAAAACGACAUACGUCUCGAACAGUUCACAGAUGCUCCAUUCUUCGUUAAUACACCUUCCUUGACUGAACAUGAGGUAGAGGCUGACUUUGCCUCUAUGGAGGAACGACGGUGGCCUGUUGAGGAUGAGGCCGCUUCAUGUUCCCUACUGCAUAUCUCUUUGGCGGUACGUAUGACGUACGUGGUGUGGGGAUUCGAAGCCGCUCCGUCUGCACGUCUGGCAGUGGCCUCACUGCCGUUCUCCCGGCAUCUGCUACGGGUGAAUUCAGGGUCGUCCAGCGGACAGAGCACGCCCGGUCCCGUCAAGAGGAACCAUCUUUUCGUGAACGAGGUGAAGCGUGAUUAUGUGGAUGCGGUGCGCCGACUCAAGACGGGGAUGGCGCAGCACAACGAACUGCGGAAACUUGCGGGGGAACUUGCGGGGGCAACACCUCAUCCCUCAAUGGACUGCACGCCAUUGGGUCUACCGACAUUUGUGAAGGACACUUCGCUUUUAGCUGCGGCAGCGGAUGUCUCUCUCGACGUGCAGCGCCUAUACGCUCCAUGGGGAAGUGAAAACCGGCAGCGGCAGCUGCAGUCGCAGAGCAACACACCACGAGCAGGUCGCCGCUCCAGAUCACAUAAGCGCUCGACAAUGGUGUCAGAGCCACUUCCUGACGCCCCAGUGGAUAGUACGUGUCUGCUAGAGGUGAUUUCGCUCAUCCGUUUCAUGAGCCUUAGUCGUACCAUCAAGGCGAAGUCGGAAAAGAAAAAGAAGAGGGCGGAUGCAACAAAAGGUGAUCACGAUAUUCAGACGGCACUCCUUGCUACUUGCGCAGAGAACGAAGCUGUCUUCUUCUCUCACCAGACGCAAUUAACGCAGUUGCUCGUAGAGGCUGCAUGUGAGCCGGACCCUGCCACCCCCAGCGCGUCCGAAGCGGCUGCAACUGAAGCCCAGAUGCAAAGCAAUAGUGAGGGAGCGCCAUCUUCGUGGUUGAUGCAGGCGGCACCAUCAGCAGCCGCUGAGACUGGUGCCGUUGGGGGCAUCAGCAGCAGCGCAGACAAUGCUGCGUCCCCAAUAAGCAGCUCUGGGCAGGUGACGUUGCUGCCAAAUUUGCUGCCGGGGGACGAGAAUGGGAGCGAAAAGCUGUCGCAGCGGUCAUUCAACGCCAUGACCACUGGUCUCGAGGCGGUAUCGGUGCGGAAAGUGCAUGCUGGAUGUGCAGCGCUCAGCUUGAUGUAG